AUGUUGAUGAAUCGAGAGGGCAUGAAUGCAACGGCAAGAGAAUUUUGGGAAUUGAGAAGAAUGGGCAUCAUGUGUCGCAGAAAGAUGGAGCUUCAAAAUCUUAUGAUCGGUGGUGGUGGUGUUGGGUUUGGAGGGGUUUUUGCUUUCGGCAGUGUUGGUGGUGGUGAAUAUGGAGGUGGCGGUGGCUUUGACAUGAGUGGUGGAGGGUUUGGAGGUGGUGUUCGCUUCAGCAAUGGUGAUGGAGGUGGGUUUGGAAGUGGUGUUAGUUUUGGCAUUGGGGGUGGAGGUGGUGAUGUUUUUGGCAAUGGUGGUGGUGGUGCUUCGGCAAGCAAUUUGGAUGGUGGUGGUGGUUCCCAUUCUCCGGUCCAAGUUGUUGAAGAUUGUGGUGCUCUUUCUCCGGUCAAUGUGGAUGAUGGCUAUGGCGGUGCUAUGGCCGGUGGUGGCGGCGAUGAUUUUCACAACACUGAGGAUGUUUCUUGA